AUGCCUAUUGCUCCACCUUCUUCCUUAGAAGCUUUGUUAAGGGAAUAUUUGGUUAAGAAUGAGACUAAGCAGAACAGUUUGGAAGCUGUUAUCCAAAGUAUUCCUGCAUCUUUGAGGAAUAUAGAAUCUCAACUAGGCCAUUUAGCAAACACUAUGAAUACCAGACCCCCUGGUACCCUGCCUAGUAACACUGAAGAGCCUAGGAGAAAUAAAGAGCAAUGCAAUAUGAUAGAGCUCAGAAAUGGAAGAUCUAAUUCUGUUGUUCAUGACAGCCCCCAAGGGGCUGCGCAUAGUGACACCUUGCCCAUUUUGGUUGAAUCUGACAAUCAGACCCCUAUAGAUGAGCCUUUAACGAAUAUUUCCAUGGAGAAGUCCAUGCCAAAGGGUCAAGCAACCAAGUCAAAUGUUGAGACACCAGUUGUCAAAAAUAGACCCCCACCACCUUUUCCUCAAAGGUUACAAAAACAGAAACAAGAUAAUCAGUUUAGGAAAUUUUUAGACCUCCUAAAACAGUUGCAUGUCAACAUUCCAUUUGUGGAUGCAUUGGAACAAAUGCCCACUUAUGUGAAAUUCAUGAAAGAAAUUCUUUCAAGAAAAAGGAGACUAGAAGAGUUUGAGACUGUUGCUCUUACACAAGAGAGCAGUCAAUAUCUGCUUAGUAAGAUACCUCCUAAACUAGGAGACCCAGGAAGUUUUACAAUCCCAUGUACCAUAGGAGACCAUUACAUAGGAAGAGCUUUGUGUGAUUUAGGUGCUAGUAUCAAUUUAAUGCCUCUGAGUGUGUACAAAAAACUAAAGGUAGGAGAGCCAAAUCCUACCACUGUCACCUUGCAGUUGGCUGAUAGGUCCCUAGUUUAUCCUGAAGGGAAAGUAGAGAAUGUCUUGGUGAAGGUAGAUAAGUUUAUUCUCCCAGCUGGUUUUAUAAUCUUAAACAAUGAGGAAGACUGA